AUGGCCCUCUUUAGUACUGUUGGGCGAAAAACGUCUGCAAGCCUAAGAUGGGGUCCUGUGAUUGAAACUGGGGAAGAGGACGACAAAGAAAGUAGAGCGUGCGUGCAGUCUCCCAGUGUAGAGAAGAAGCCAGAAGCAGAACUGGUGAAUGGCGCUUUAUUUGUAGAGGGAGCAGAAAAGGAUGAAGCUGAUGUAGAGGAUCUAGUCUGUGUAGAGCAUGUACUGAACACAGAGAAGCGAGGUCUUCAUGUCGUACCAGAUACGAUUAUGAAGACAAUGAUAUGGGAGAGCAUUGCUGUGGUUUCACUCAGUUUCAUCGGAAGGAUAGCCAGGUGCGAAAUCGCAGACCUCAGCAAGAGGGGUAGCCGGCCGGGACGGUCAGUGUCUUUCGACAUUCCACCUGACUCUUGCAGGUGA